AUGUGCUUCAUUACCUUAUUUAUAGGCGUCAUUGGAAUGGUCUUGUUCUGGUUGGGGGUAUUGGAUCGCCCCAAGUUUCAAGUGGUGGAAUCAAUUUUCGGGAGCCAGUCAACAAAAGUUGAUGCCGACCGAAAGAAGGAGUUAUAUGCCAUUGUCACCACAGCUCUGGACGAAGAUUACAUUGACAACCAUGUCUGUAGUGUCCUUGGAGCAACCAAGAAGGGAAUUGAGGCUGCUCUGGCUGAAGACUCAACCAAGGGGGCCGGAGAAAUCACCAUCACCAGCAGCUAUACAGUGACAGGAUACCCAUCGUCAAAGCCCAAAAAGGGCGCGGGAGACAUCAUCACUCCGCACGAAGACGAUAAUAUUGGUAUCUCAGUCUUCCUUCAAGACCCUGCCACUGGGGAGUGCCACGAAAAUGCAGUGGGCUUCUUUGUGGGUGCGUCCAGUUUCGAGGAAGCCAAGAAGUUUGCCAGCAAGGUCGCCAAGACGGUCCGAGCGGAUCUUUCAAGGACGGAUACUCCGGGUUUGGAUGACACGGAAUGCUCUCUUAGUGGUGGGAUGGGAUCAUCAUCGUCAUCGUCAGACCGUAGUAGCAAGGAAAAGAUGACAGCGGAAGAAUUCCAAGUCCAUGCCGUGUCACUGGGCAAUGGCGCUGUCUUUCGAGGACGCAUUCCCAUGCGGAGUCGUCUUGCGUUCCUGUUGGCUCGCUAUUUGCACUGGGGACGAGCGCAUACAGAAUACACAGAGCUCAUGACGUCUCAGGAAGAGUCUGAUGAUGCCAAGGUUGGGGCUGUCGCCUGCGAGAUUUAUGUGAAUGGGCAGCACAACCCUGCGCUCCAAUCCGUUUAUGCCGACUAUCUUUACUUGCUGGAUCCACGAGAUCGGCAGAUGGUGUGGGAACAUUUGGAUACGCCGAUGCCAAAGUAG